UUAACUGACUUCAUACUUACAGUUUGUCCGGAAGGCCGUUGGGGUCCCGGAUGCAAAGACAAGUGUCGCUGUGCUAAUGGAGCUCAUUGUGACCCAGCGACUGGAGAGUGCAAGUGUAAUCUUGGGUAUACCGGUAAAACGUGUGAACAAAGCUGUCCAUCUGGAAAAUACGGUUUGAACUGUACGCUCGAUUGUGAAUGCCAUGGAAAUGCACGAUGUGAUCCCGUCCAAGGUUGCUGCGAUUGUCCACCUGGCCGUUACGGUACCAGGUGUCAAUUCGUCUGUCCUGCUGGUUUUUAUGGAUGGUACUGUAGCCAGUCAUGUUCAUGCCAAAACGGUGCAUCGUGCGAACCGGGAGACGGUCAGUGCCUGUGCCCUCCUGGAUUUGAAGGCGACCAUUGUGAAUCGUCUUGUAAAAAUUCCACAUAUGGACCACACUGCCAGCUCAAAUGUGACUGUGGCGACUACCCUUGCGAUCCUAAAGAUGGUACCUGUUUGUGUCCUGUAGGGUUGAGUGGACCCAAAUGUCAGCAAGUGUGCCGACAAGGUCGAUAUGGAGAGAACUGUGUACACAAAUGCCAGUGCUACAACGGUGCCACUUGCAACAGAAAAACGGGCAAAUGCAGUUGUGCUCCAGGCUACUUGGGUCCCACUUGUCAGCAUGAGAUGAGGGAUCCGAACAGUGUAGCUAAACGAGGUGAUCUGCCAGAAGAUUGGGAGUGGCGAGCUCGACGGUGA